AUCCUAUCUUUGGUCGUACGCCACUUCCUCACGUUUGCUUAGCAGUUAGCAUCGAGUGGCUUUUCCGUGCUUUUCUUCUUCUUGUUGUUUACAUAUACGACUUGUAAAGACCAUGUGGACUCUUGUAUUGUCUCUUUAUCGAAGACAUCGCUGCUGUAUGACGGCUGUUUAACUAUUUUUUAUGUUUAGGUCGUGUAGCUAGUUUGGCUAAUAAUGUUUGCAGAGUUGAACAGUAUCCUGAACAUCAGCCCAGAAAACAUUCCGACGGAAGAGUUUGUGCUGCUGUCCGACAGGCAGAGUGAUGCCUCUUUCCUCGUCCAUCACUUCCUAGGCUUCUACCUCAGAGCUGGUUGCAAAGUGUGUUUUUUGGGCCUGGCUCAGUCUUUUAGUCACUACAGUGCUGUCAGCCAGAGACUGGGUGUUAGUUUGUCUCAGGCAAAGGACAAAGGUCAACUGGUAUUCCUGGAGGGACUCAAUGAAUCCUUGUCCAUCCUGAAUCCUCAAGAUGCCCAAACAGGAAGUGAAGCCAUGGACUUCCUCAGGAAUCCCGCUGCCGGUCUUUGUAGUCUCUUCCAGUUUGUGAACUCCAGCAUCAGUUGGGGGGGUGGAGAGCCGUGGAGGGGUCCCCCUGUGCUGCUGGUGGAUGACCUCAGCGUGCUGCUGAGUCUUGGAGUGGGCAUGGGCGCCGUGCUGGACUUCAGCCAUUACUGCAGAGCUGCCGUGUGCUCCCGACUGAAGGGCAACAUGGUGAUGCUGCUGCGCUGCGAUAGCGAAGAUGACGACGACAGAGGCUCAGAGAGGCUGCUGAAGGGUUUGACUCAUCAAUGUAGCCUGGCUCUUCACGUACAGGGUCUCCCCACUGGCUACUGCAGGGACAUCCAUGGUCAGGUGGAGGUGUGUGACAGGAGGAAAGACAACAAGAAGACAUUUCAGUUCAAAGUCCAGGACAAAGCAGUCUCCUUCUUUCCUCCAGGGACGUCCAGCGCUGUCCUGUAGUCUCUGCAUGGCCCAACAUUGCUGCUGUGGGACUGACAAGCAUGGUAGCAGCAGGACAAAUGAGAUACCUGACCAGGAGGAUGCUGGUCUUCUCCUGAGAACUGUUGGACUUUGACUCCAGCUUGUAUGACCCCUUUGUUGAGUGUUCUAGGAAGUAUAUUUGUCAUCUUUAAUUCUUAAUGGUAUUAAAAUGACACACA